GACUGUCCAGCAAACGCAGUACAGUCCACUGAGCAGCAGGCGGAAUGAAACCACCCGCCAGGCUCCUACCAGCCGAUUCUUAACUUAGGGUUAGAGGCAGUUUCACUUAUCCAGAGGACAGAUUCGGCCGUAGUACCCACCAGGUUCCUCCUUACGGGCCAUUCCAGCCGAAGGGUUCCGAAUUCAUCUGAAUCAGCCGUAAUACCCGCGAGAUUCCUCCCAGCUCGAGAUAUUUUCCCGAGAACGUCACGUGGUCGACGUACCAACGCCACCCGCGCGGUUGCCUGAUCGCAGGACUUCGCGCAUUGUAGCCUUCGCUCGAAUUUGUAGUCUGCCUGCCUUUUCCCCCCAUUUUCCCUGCAUUAGUCCGCUGAACGUAAUUCGUCCGUAACUCGUCGGCUGAGCUGAGCUGUAACGUCUGCUGAGUUGCGUUCUUACCGCUGCUUCAGCCGGACGUCGUCUGCUGCACACCGCUCGCCGUCAGCCUUUGGCCCCCCGUCAGAACAUUCACGCGCGGUCGAACAGAAAAAGGACUCGAGCCCGUGAUACCCUCAAUCCCUAGGUCGAGUGUCCCUCCUGCAAAGCUCCUAACCUCCUAGAUUCUCGUUUCAGCAUCGAGUGUCCCUCCUACAAAGCCAAGCUAUCGCAUUCGUCGGUGUUCCAUCUGGCCUUCGAGGCGACACGACGAAUUCGAGCCUUCGGCAUCCCAGACACGCAUUCCAUCGCGAAGUCACCUCAAACUCGCCCAUCCGCUCGGCAUAUCGAAUCAACCGCAUCCCCUACCCUCCCCACACUCCCAGAUCCCGAAGUCUCUAAGCCAUAUCGGCUAAUCGCCACCAUGGCAGCCGCAUCGCCCCGGCAGGUCGCCUGUUCCCCAUCCAGUCGCCUCUACACCCCCACGCUCUCGUCGCUUGCCAAGACGCGCGCCCAUGGCCCGUCGGAGUCGAAGGGGCUGGAGCGGAUGCCCGCUGCGACGUCGCCGAAUGCGUCGCCACUGUCGCCCGUGCGACGUCGAGGUUCCGCCUCCCCCUUCUCACAUGGUUUUCCGUACCCGUCUCCGCCUAACAGCCCCCCCGCUUCCCCCCGCUGCCUCAGCUCUCCCGCUUCCCCUGGCCGCCUGGGGCUCGGUUCCCCCGCUUCCCCCGGUCGGGGGGAGCGGAAGGCGACGGCUACCCGGCGCAACUCUCCGCCCAGCGGCACCCGCGAAAGCGCGGACGCGGGGGAAAGCCUGGCGACGCGGCUGCGGCGGCAGGUGCAGGAGCAGCAGCGACAGCGGCAGGAGCGGCGGCAGCAGCAGCAGCAGCGGCGGAUUCUGGAAGAGGAGCAGAGGCGGUCGGACGAGCGCUCCGAUUGGUCAGGCUCUCCGCGAAUCACGCUAAUGGCGGCGGGAAGACAAGAGGUGCUUUUUACCCGACAGAUGCUGAAAACGGCGGAACUGACGGCGCAGUUGACGGAGCUCCGUCAGAUGACCGUGGAACUGCCGGACGAGGCGGAGUCGGACGAUUCUAGCUCCGUCAACGACUCUGGUUCCGUCAACGAAGCGUCGUCUGCCAGUGGGAGUGGCGAGUGGUCGUCUGACGACGCGGACAGCUUCGCCCGCGUGAAGCAUCUCCGUUAUAAGCUUGCUGCGAGUCCCGUCUCCGUGCUGGACCUGGAGCAGCAGCGGAAUAACAUGAAACCGCAAGGGGAGGAAUACGACUCGGACGCAGUAACGACGACAAGCAGCGGAGAGCUGAACCCCACCUUGGUUCUCCAAGACUUUCUGAUAAGUAACAGGAAGGCAGGAUCAAAGACGGCUUCGUCCCCCUCCGUCUCCUCCUCCUUUUCGUCCUCCCUCUCCUCCUCCCUCUCCUCCCCUACAGCCCUCUCACCUUCCCCCCCAAUAUCUGAAAGUGAGACCCCCUCUCUUCCUUCUCCUGCACUGUCCGCCCUCCCUCCUCCUCCUCUUUCCUUACCUUCUCCGUCCCUUCAUUCCUCCUCUCCUACUCUUCCUCGCUCCCCUCCUCGCUCCCCUCCUCUCUCGGCCCCUCGCUCGCCUCCUCGCUCUUCUUGCCCUGCCGAAUCCCUGGCCCUCCUAGACCUAUCCAGCACGGAUUUGGUCAUGGCUGACGUGGCGGGCAUCGAGGGGCUUGCUGACGUGGCGGGGAUCGAGCAGGACCUGGAGUACGUGCGCCACGUGUUGCUGCUCUCUGGUUUUGCAGGAGACGCCUUGCCUCCUCUCUCCUCCGUCCCAUCCCUCGGCCUUCCAGUACGGAGAGAGGUGUUUGAACAGCUAGAGACGGAGAUCACAGGAGACAUCAACAGCGUCUGCAGCAGCCGUGAUAGCAGCAGCAUUGGAGGAACUGAGACUGAUGCUGCUGGUCAGGGCGCCGAUGGCAGCAGCAGCGACACGCGCACCACAAACACCAGGAGCAACAAGAGCACUAAGAGCUCGGAGGAGCGACGGCAGCGAAUGCUGCUGUUUGACGCUGUCAACGAAGCACUCGGCCGCACCCUUGCUCCGUUCCUCAACCCGCCCCGAUGGGACCUUGACACGUGUCCUUCCUCCACUGCCCGGCCAAUCUCCUUCCGGCAACUGCACAGGCGACCAGUGGGAAAGGAGCUGCUCAAGAGAGUCUGGGUGGAGAUCCAUGAUUGGCCGAUUCCACCGUCACCUGACGUGUACGACGUGCUUGAUGACGCUGCCAGGAGGGACAUGCUGAAGGGCGUUGACCGGUGGUCCCAGGGAGAAAUGAGAGACUCAGAGGCUGCUGCCGUGGCCUUUGACCUGGACGGGAUGAUUCUCGACGCGCUUGUUGAGGCGGCUUGUAAGGAGUACAGCGAGGCAGAGCGGGAGCGGGUGGAGAGGAGGAGAGUGCGUGAGUUGCAGGAGAGGGAGAGGCGGAGCAGGAGGAGCAUUGGAGGGAAAGCCUGUGGGGGUGGAUGUGAGGGGAAAGCCUCUAGAAAGACGCCGGUGCGGUCUGGGAGUGUGGGGAGGGUGGGAAGGCCCAUGACCCCACAGAAGGGGGGGGGAGGAGGAGCAGGUGCAAGGGCAAGUAGCGUUGAAAGGGCAGCGGCGAAGGGUGCAGAGUUGCAUGGGGUGGAUCGGACCCCUACUAGGCUUUCUACUCCUGUAAGGGCUGCCAGUUCAGGGAUGUGUGUGCGGUCAAUUGGUGCUGGGAGGAUGGUGCAAAGGCCCGUGGGAGGGGCGGUUGGUGGGGACGUGGAGAGAAGGUGGAGAAAAUGAUCGAAGCGUAGCAGUGUUCAAGGCCAGUCUUGAACAGAACUGAUCAGCUAUACUGAUUGCUAGUUGAUGUCAGUGGAGCUGUCUCAGCUCUACACCCUGGGUUUCUUUCUGCUAAUUAGCAUUUUGUUUCUGUUUUUUGUAGUGUAAACGAUUAACAGCCGGU